AUGUCCUCGACCCUGAGCAGGUGGAACUUGGAAGACGCUCUGUUCCGCGAGCUCACCACGCAGGCUGCUGCAGGCGACAUCCCUCAAGCGAAGGUUACGCUCUCCGCAUGGCCAGGGAUCGUCACAGGUAUCGACUAUCAUGAUCUGAACCUCAAGAAUGACAACUCGAAGAUCGUACGUGUUGUCGCUCCCGUUCUCUUCAAUCUUGUCAUACUCACUGGCCGCCCUGAAGACGUGCAUCAUCGACUGGGAGUUCACCACCGCACGCCCGAUUUGGGCGUGCGCGCACGUCUCCGCCUUCCUACAAUCUUCGCCCUUCAACGCAAACUUCUCUUCCGCGCGACCAUCGAGCGCCUCGCCCGCUCCCCUAAUGUGCUCAUGAUCCACGGCCGUCCCGUGCUCAUCCCGCUCGCCGACCUUGCCUGCUUCUGGCUGCACCACGAGGCGACCGGCAUGGCUCGGCGUGAAGGCGGUGCUCGUCCUCGGCCUCAAGUCGCGACCAUCGGGACCACGAACACGGGCGCGAUGGACCGCGUCGACGAGAUCGGGCAAAUCCUGAAAGACUACCCCUUCAUCUGGUUGCACGUCGACGCCGCGUGGGCCGGCAUAUCCUUUGCUUGCCCCGAGUACUGCGAGCAGAGCCAGCUCGCUGCCAUCAACGAGCACGCAAAGUCGUUCUGCACCAAUUUCCACAAGGGCCUCGUCAACUUCGACGCGACCGCACUCUGGGUCUGCCAGCGCCACGACCUGAUCGACGCGCUCGACGUCACCCCCGCGUUCCUACGCACGAAGCAGUAUGAUGCCGGUCAGUCGCUCGCCUGGAGGAUGCUCCACACCCUCGAGAGAGGAGCUGUCGCGCUGGUUGAGCGUCACGUCGAGUCGUCCCCUGAGGUCUGUGCGGACCUACAGGCGGCGCUAAAGGCGUCCCUCAAGGAUGCCCCCGUGCGUGGAGUCUCCCAGAACGUCCAACUCAAAGUCUGGCACGAAUGCAUUUUCCCCUCGCUUCGCCCUCAGCCCAUGCUGGCGAGGAUUUGCGCACACCAAUCCUACCUCACGCCCCUCCCACGGGAAGACCGCUCCGCAGUCGUCCGCCUCCUCCCAGGCUGCCAUCCCAACCAUAUCGAAACAGGACGCCACACCGUGCCCUACACGGGCAGCUCGGAGGACCGCCUCUUCCGCUUCUGCGCUCACGACGCCGUGGAGACGGAGCUCCAUGUGCCCCUCGGCUGCGACGGGCUGGACAUCUCCGAGGCCCGGGAUGAGCAUCUGGUGGCGCCAGAGGAACGGCAACUGCACGUAUACCGGGUCUGGGAAUCGGAGGGCGACACGACAUUCCUGGCGGGCCGCCGUGGCUGGCGGCCGACGAGGCGGUCCGUCUUUUUGGGCAUGUGGGUCUGCUGGGCUUUUGAGAGGUGUGCGGCAAUCCCACCGUGA